AGUUGGAAUAUGGGAGUUUCUUCACAGCCUUCGCUUGCUCCCUUUUCUUUCAAAGACUUGGUGAAGAAGGGGGCUCAAGUUGAAACCCAGAACUCGUCUUGUGGGCAUCUGCGGAGAAAAGUGACGGAAUCUCAGAAGGCAGUGAGCAGAAAAAGCGUUAAGAGCAGAAGGCGAGGAAGGAUUCUAAUGAAGAGGAGGGCUCGCUUAAUGGAAGGUUCUAGAAGAGGAGCCAACAAGAUGGAGAGGAGGAUGACGAAGUUGAAGAGGCUCAUACCCGACGGCGAGCGCAUGGGGUUGGAUGGACUCUUCAGAAAGACGGCCGAUUACAUUUUGGCUUUGCAAAUGAGAGUGAGGGUCAUGCAGAUUAUGGUUAAGGUAGUGACGGCUUCUGAUCAGUGAUGUCACUACAUUAUGAUCUUGUAAAGACUAGUUAAUUAGGUUUUAUUCCUGCGCUUCAACUGUAGCUGUGCAGAAAUUAUAUUGCUUUUCUGAGUGCCCUCGACUUUGCU